AUUUGGGCACGGAAAGUGAAGCGAGAGGAGACAAGAGCCUACGGCAAGACCAUCCGUGCUGAGAAACCUAAGGAUCUUGAUACCAGCCGGCUUGAUACUUCCCGGCACAUGAUGUUGACGUGUGACCCCUUAGGUAAUCGGACCUCCGGGCACUGCAUCUCCCCCCGCCUUGUCUGCCUGUCCUCUUGGUCUCUUGAAGUUAGGGCGAUUUCGGCUACCAAUUGA